UGAAACUGGUACUUGCAAGAAUGAAUCGCAUGCCGCCGCGAUCUCUGUCACUGUCACAGUCAGAUGACAUCAGCCGUAAGCCCAGGCAGGUGCCGCCGGUGGUGGCGGUCGACAAGGAUAAGAACAGCCAGCAGGCGAUGAAAUGGGCGGUCGACCACCUCCUCAUCAACACCAACUCCAUAAUCCUCGUCCAUGUCAGGACCCAGCCAGAUCUCCUUAAUAGUGGUUUAUCUGUGACCGAAGCCAACCAAGAAAUGAGCAAAGAGCAAGUGGAAGCUGAGCUUACACAACUCUUUGUUCCAUAUCGUGGAUUCUGUGCUCGCAAAGGGUUGCAGCUGACGGAGGUGAUUUUGGAAGAUUUUGAUGUCUCGAAAGCCAUCAUCGACUACAUCACCUCAAACAACAUCCAGAAUGUCGUAGUUGGUGCUUCAAGCAGGAAUGCACUCAGGAAAUUCAUGAAUCCUGAUGUCCCAACAUGCUUGACAAAAGGUGCGCCAGAGUUUUGUGGAGUGUAUGUCAUAUACAAGGGGAAGCCAUUGACGAUCCGGACAGCAAAAGUACCUGCUCCUGUUAAUACUUUUCCUCCAAAGCAACAAAUGGCUCUGGAUAGUCCAUAUCGACAAGCUGAACACUUUGAUCAUUCCAUUAGGUCAGCCACAGAAAAUGCAGUAAUCACUAAAUACAGGAACUCUGAAAGGCCUCCUGAUUACAUGCGGGGUAAUAAGCCCCUCCCCACACCUAGGAUGACAUCAAAUGAUGCAUAUAUUGACAUCCUUGACUCCUCUGUCAGAUCAUCAAGGACCAACUAUCAUGACUCAUACACGGGUAAUAUUGAUUUCCCAGCAAGCACGAGCUUCCGAUCUGACCUCAGUGAUGCAUUUGAGUUGGGAUAUACAGAAAGCCCUCGAGGUUUCCUGCCUCCAGCAAUUAGCUCAAUGAGAGAGGCCGAGGCUGAAAUGAGAAGGCUAAGACUCGAGCUAAAGCAGACAGCAGAAAUGUACAAUGCAGCUUGCAAGGAAGCAAUUAUGGCCAAAGAGAAGGCUAGAGAGUUGCAAAAGUUGAAGAUCGAAGAAGCCCGGAGAAUUGAGGAAUUAAGACAAUCUGAAGAGGCAGCCCUUGUGCUCGUCGAAUUAGAAAAGGCAAAGUGCAAGGCUGCAAUGGAAGCUGCUGAAGCAGCACAAAAAAUUGCAGAACUCGAGGCCAGGAGAAGAUACAAUGCAGAGUUGAAAGCCAGACGAGAGGCAAAGGAGAGGAAGAAAGCAACGGAAUCUGUGUUACGUUCUGAAAUUCAUUACAGGAAGUACAGCAUUGAUGAGAUAGAAGUCGCUACAAACUUCUUCUCAUCGGCACUGAAGGUUGGGGAAGGUGGAUAUGGGCCUGUCUUUCGAGCUACACUGGAUCACACACAAGUUGCCAUUAAAGUUUUACGACCAGAUGCAUCACAAGGGAGAAAGCAAUUCCAGCAAGAGGUCGAGAUUCUGAGCUGCAUCAGGCAUCCCAACAUGGUAUUGCUUCUUGGUGCCUGCCCAGAGUAUGGCUGCUUGGUAUAUGAGUACAUGGACUACGGAAGCUUGGAGGACAGGCUCCUCAGACGAGGAAAUACUCCCCCAAUACCAUGGGCUACACGAUUCAAAAUUGCUGCCGAGAUAGCUACAGCAUUACUCUUCCUUCAUCAGACUAAGCCAGAACCAUUGGUUCACCGAGAUCUUAAGCCAGCCAACAUCCUCCUGGACCACAAUUAUGUAAGCAAGAUCAGCGAUGUUGGCCUAGCAAGACUGGUGCCAGCAUCAGUAGCCGACAGUGUCACACAGUACAGGAUAACAUCAACUGCUGGAACGCUAUGUUAUAUUGACCCUGAAUACCAACAGACGGGUAUGCUUGGUGUAAAAUCUGAUAUAUACUCCCUAGGAAUAAUGCUGCUCCAAAUUAUUACAGCAAAACCUCCAAUGAGCCUCACGCAUCAUGUAGAGAGGUCCAUCGAAAAAGGAAAUUUUGCAGACAUGCUGGACCCAGCUAUUGAGGACUGGCCAGUGGAAGAGACUCUUGCAUUUGCUAAGCUCGCUUUGAAGUGUGCUGAGCUGAGGAGAAAGGACCGACCUGAUUUAGGGAAGGUUGUGUUACCAGAGCUCAGCCGACUGAGAAGCAUCGGUCAAGAAUACAAAGCAUCUCGCAGCAACAACAGCAGACAUCUUGGUGCUGCACCCAAAACAUUUGACAGUAUAUCUAAGGGAGCAAUGUCGCUCAUCCAUCAGGAACAGAUAAGUGAUUCAAAUGUCAGUGAGUCAUGGACCUAUUCUACUGAUGGCUAAGGAGAAAGCUUAGUGAUUCUUUAGUGUCCAGAUAAGGAGGGAGCUGAAUUAGUAGACAAAUAUGCAAAUAGAUAUGGCCUGUCGUACAUGAAAAAAAAGGAAAUGAUGAUCAUUUAUGCUCCAUGUGGACAUAAAUUUGACUCCUUAUCUGGUGAACAUUGGAACCUCUUACUGCUCAAAUGUCAUUUAGAAUAAUCAAAUUUAUCAUUGAUAUGGAUGUACCUUCCUUUCUAUAAUUUGAUUCUAAAGGCCGCACAUGCAAGAAUAGCAAGUUAUCAAACUGCUUACAGAUACGUACCGGUAACAGCCAUUAACCAUAUGAAAGAUGGAAAUCCAAUACAGUCACCUUUUCCCACUUUUAAGUUCAAUCAAUGACAUAGGGAUUCCAACAUCCUACUCAAAAGAUACAUGUCGUUGAACUAGAUAAUAAAUUCUGACUUUCACCAAAACAAACCGCUGUUUACAUGUUCAACAAUGAGAAGAACCAUGCUGUCUUAUAGGAUAAAACGGCUGCUUCUCGAUAGAAACAGUGACAAAGUCUCACUUGAAAGAAAGCAUACAUGUGGUGGUUUUCAAAAUGAAGAGUGUAUGCAAGGCAAUAAGAUUGCUAAUAAGGCAGCGACAGAAAUGAAAUUGAGUGAUAUCAAAGGUGCAUCAAUAAUUUGCAUGAAACUUCUAUUUUCCCCAAACACAAGGAUCAUGACAUUGUAUGAAACCUUUCUCUUCCCUUGUGUUCCUUAUGCAACCAGAUAGAAGUCACCUCUUGGUUUAUACAUAUAUGUGUGUAUACAUAGAAGCAAGAUUCUAGACACAUCACCGAGAAAAAUUAGCACCAUCCCACUCCACAACAGUGAAGCACGAUAGCAGCCUAGAUGGCUAAAGAAUCAUAAUUAUCAAAUAACCACAAGACUAAUAUAUAUGUAAGGCACGGACCCUAAUUAAAAAUUAAAACUUGCAGUGGAAACAAUUCAGGACUUUUAAAAGAACUAUUUUCUUCGAGUCUAAAACUUGCAAACCUAAAAA